UCCUAGUGAUGCUGAUAGUACACAAUUACUGGUUCAUUUACAUCCCAUAUCUGGCCUGGUUCUUCUAUGACUGGGAAACCCCAGAGCGAGGAGGCAGGAGAUCUAACUGGGUCCGAAGCUGGACUGUGUGGAAGUACUUUAAGGACUAUUUUCCAAUUCACUGCUAGUUUGGUCCCAGUGUUUUCUUUUGGUGAAAAUGAUCUAUACAAACAGAUUAACAACCCUAAGGGUUCAUGCCUUCGAACUGUGCAAGACACAAUGCAGAAUUUAACAGGAAUCACCAUACCAUUAAUCUAUGGCAGAGGGAUUUUUCAGUACAGCUUUGGCCUAAUGCCCUAUCGGAAACCGAUCUACACUGUUGUUGGCCGCCCCAUCCCUGUUCAGCAGACUCUGCACCCGACCCCAGAGCAGAUUGAGGAGCUGCAUCGGACCUACUUGCAGGAGCUGAGGACACUAUUCGAAGAGCACAAGGGGAAGUACGGUAUUCCAGAGCACAAAACCCUGGUGUUUACAUGACUGCCUCCUCCAUGCACAAAGGAAGACAAGAAAGCAUUGUUGAGAAAAAUAAAUAGUUUAAAUAGU